AUGAAAAGGGAAAGAUCUACCGAGAGGAAGAGCAGGAGUGUGUCUAAGAGGCGUCGUAUAGAGACCUCUUCAGACGAUAAUCAGAGCCGUCAGUGGUACGAAGUGAUGCUGGCCCUAGCAGCUAAGUCUGCUCAUGAGUUGACCUAUGCCAUCAACAGGUCAGAAGGGCGUAGGGACCUCCCCACCAUUCCCCAGCCUACGCAUAUGAUUGAGUGGUUGGCCCGAGUCAAUUUUAAACACAGACCGAUGCGCCGCAACAUACCCGAACUGAGACAACACAAAGUCCCCAAGAAACCUGUGUUCGACUCCUCCAAGUAUAUCUACUAAAGAUGGAGGUGACAUUGGGUACUGUUUACAACACUGGCGCAUGGUCAGCAAGGGUCGGAGUCAAGAUUCCUUGACAACCAUUCCUGUACCACUGAGCUCUGUGACCGAUAUAUUUCCCUGUUAUGUAGCUGUAAUGAUGUAGCCUUCUCCGAUUUUUUUUUAAAUUAUGACAUUUUUGAUCGGGAGGGGACUGCACUUCCAUAGGAUCUUCGUAAUGGUGCAAUAUAUUGUUAUGAAUAACCUGUAAAAAGCUCCAUGUAUAUUUGUCUCCAAUGUUGUUUACACUAAAAAGAGUACCGGUGUUAUAGAGCCAGACUUCCCCCCGGAAGUCUGACUCUAGAGUGAGCCUUCCCCCCGGGGAGAAGGCUCACUCUAGAGCUAGACUUCCCCCCAGAGCCAGACUUCCCCCACGGAAGUCUGACUCUGGAGUGAGCCUUCCCCUCGUGGAAGUCUGGCUCUAGAGAGAGCCUUCCCCCCGGAAGUCUGGCUCUAGAGUGAGCCUUCCCCCCGGUAGUGGGAAGUCUCAUUAUGGGGGAAGGCUCACUCUACAACACCGGCUUUACGCUAGGGGAUGUCUAUAAUAAAGGUGUUUUUCAUUAAAUAUCAUGUACAAAAUGCAAAAUUCUUCGUCUGCCCCGCCAUGCUUGUUGUCGCGAGAUCUCAUAAGUGAAUCUACUGAAAAACCUUACCGCGAAAAUCCAUUCCGACAAAGAAAGGAAAAUGAUAUGUGGCAGAAAAUUUUUACGCUCGAUCUGCUGUUCGUUUUUUGACGUGAUAACACCGACAAAAUUGCUUUAAAUCUCCUCCAUACUCGUGCAUUGAUGUAAACACUACUUUAUAUGGGCAUAUGCAAAUAAAUUGAUAAACUUCAGUAUCUACCUCAAAAAUGGCGCACAAUUUGGAAUAUACCGAAAUUGUUAAAAAUGGUAGAAUAGAGUCUCACAAGUCGUAAGUUGCAGGUUGUAAAUUUAUAUAUUGACUAAGAAACAUAUAAUAUUAAGUUUGUUUCAGUAAAGAAAACCAGCAAAUGUUUAGAAUGAUCGGAAAAUCAC